AUGGUGGCUAAUGCAGGUACAAAUGAACAUGAGUGGAUAUUUACCGGAGAAGAACUGAAAGACAUACAUGUUUUAAGGACAGGAGGAGACUAUAUUGAGGUCACCUGCGGUUGCACCUCCAGAAAGUAUGGUGAUACAACAGGAAGACUUAGGAUUUUUGUGGGAGGUCAGCUUGAGAUCUCCUGCGAGUGUGUAGAGAGUUGCUCAGAAGAUAAAUUGACUCCUGCUCAGUUCGAGAGUCAUUCUGUCAGAGGACAGCCGAAAAAGAAGUGGCAGAGCUGCAUUUGGGUGCUAAUCAAGGACAAAAAGGUUCCACUCUGCAAGACAGCUCUUCUAAAAUACUACAAGGAAACUUGGGAAGGAGAGAAUGGGCGCUCACGUCCUAAAAGAGCUAUCCACCGUGAUGAAUUUAUUCGUUGUUCCUCAUGCAACAAAGAGCGCAGGUUCAGUCUUCGAACCAAGGAGGAGUGUCGCAUCCACCAUGAGGCCUCCAUCAACAAACAUUGGACUUGUGCUAGCUGA